AUGAAUCGAGACAGUGGUCUAGGCGGCAGGCAGGCCUCAAAGCGCGACGCGCCUGCCGCAACGCGAAAGUUGAGCGGACCCCCGACCCCUGCUGACAUCAUUAAGCCGACAUGGAUUAGGCGACAUCUCGAGCAUCAUGACUUCGACAUUUGCAACUCUGCAACUCUGCAACCUUACAAAUCGCCAGUGUACCAGUACAAACUGUCUUCGAGCUGGCUUACUACUUUUGGAAACACUCGGAGCCGUCUCCAUCCACAACUCCCUCUCAACCAUCUGCAUCGCCGGUCAAGAUGUCGAAACCGUCUGCGCAACCUCGCCUCACGCCACAGUUCUGCUUCAACCAAACUGCACUGCGAGUCGGUUGAAACAGACUUCCUUCGUAUAUCACGCGGCGCAAUCGAUGAUUCUAUAACCCAGAACCUUAACGCCCUCCUUACACCAGCACAACGAGGCUUCGAUCCUGCAUCCACGAGCGCGAGACAGUUGCCAUCGCCUGAUCACGGUCGGUCUCUAGAGCCAGAGCAAUGUGAGAAGUUUAAAGAGAAAGUGCUGUUCCCAAGCUGGGCGGUACGAUCAGACGUGUUAGACUAUUGCGCGGGCGUCGCAACAUCACCAGAUCCCGAUGAUCCAGAUAGUAUACUGCGGCAGAUUGAAGACUCCAAGGCGCGGGAAAGGACUGUGGAUGAGCGGUUAGAUCCGUACUCGGGACGCUACUUCCCACGGGAGGCGAGAACAGAGAGCUUGGCUAUGCUGAUGCGCAAUGAGAGGGCGGUCGAGAAGAUCAUACGGAUGAGGACUUGGAGUUUACUGGGCGAACGGUGUGGCAUGACGAGAGAGUCUGCUGAGGUGGCGUUUGACAAGUGGAGAGAGACACAACAGCAUUGA